AUGUUGUCUCAAAACGACAAGGACGCCGACAUUGCUCAUGUCGAGGAGUGCGGACAGAAUUCCGAUCCAAAGAAUCGCAUUGUCACUCUUGCCGCUGCUCAGGAGUUAACCUUGCAAGAAGCAAAGAGCAUCCGGCAGACUAUCCGGGAGGAUCGAAAAGUUUUCAUGGUCGUUGGUGCGGCCUUAGCCAGUGCUCUUAUUCUGGGAACGGAUACCACCGCUGUCAACUCGCUCGUGGGUUCUCAAUCUUUCUGUUAUGUUAUGGGCGGCGGAUACAUGGACGGCAAUAAAUAUGCUGUGCGUCCUGAGACUGUUUCUAUUUGGAGUGCCAUCGCUGCGCCUGCCCAAGUCAUAGGUCAACUCUCCAUGGGCUUCAUCGCCGAUUUUUUUGGCCGCCGCGCAGUCAUCUUCUUCAACCUCGCUGUCAUGAUAGUUGGAGUAAUCAUUGAGUUUGUGGCACCGAAUUGGAAAGUCUUCGCGGUAGCCAAGUUUCUGCUCGCUUUCGUAUCAGGCCUCACGCAAGCGACAGCACCAAUGUAUAUCAGCGAGCUGGCACCACGAAAUGCACGAGGCAUGAUUAUCUCAUUGUUUCUGUUCAUCGGGAACUUUGGGGACAUGCUCUCCGUCAUCCUCUGUUAUGUUGGCCAAGAAAGAUGGCCUGAGGCAUCAAAUAAGUGGGCAUAUCGCAUGCCACUGCUCGUCUGUCUUUGUUUGCCCGUUGCAGUACUCUGUCUGCAACUUUUACUUCUUUGCGAGUCCCCGUCAUGGCUCAUCAUGCAUGGUAAGACGGAGCAGGCAAAGAAGACAUUAAAGUUCAUGUACCCCAAUCGAACACCAGAAGAGCGUGAUAUGAUCUAUGCAGAGUAUGAGUAUACUCUCGGUCAGGAGGCAGAACAGAGGAGCCUCAUGAAACAAUCAUCCUUCGCAGACUGCUUUAAAGGAACUGAUCUGCGGCGGACUUUUUGCGCUUUCUUUCCACCUAUCACAUCAUCACUAGCGGGCAAUGUCUUGACAGGUCCGCAAAAGACCUACUUCUUUACACUCUCCGGUCAAUCGAAUUCGCUUGCCUCUACAUGCAUUGCUAUUGCAAUUGGUAUAGUGGGCAUUACUUUUGUCUUUUUCCUAAGUGAAUACAAACAUGCAGGGCGACGAAGGCUUCUUCUUACCGGUCAGUCUGGUCUUUUAAUCUCGAUGAUUGGUAUUGGAGUUACCGGUCUUACUAAACCCACACCGUACUCCUCAAGCACCGGCAAGAUCAUGCUGGGUUUUCUAUGUGUUGGGGUGUUCAGCUCCAUCUUAGGCCCUAAUGGUUGUGGGUGGAUUUAUGUCGGUGAAUCUGGCUCAUUGCGACUUCGAGCAAAGACUGCAACAUUAGGAACAGUGGGCAACGGAGUCGCAGGUGUUGUAUAUAAUGUUGCUAUUCCGUACAUGCUCGAGACCAACCGACUGGGAGUUGGAGGUUCAGCUAUCUACUUUGCUGCAUUUGGCGUCAUUAACAUAAUCGUCACAUUUCUAUUUGUUCCUGACUUCACUGGUCGGUCAUACGCGCAGAUCGAUGAACUGUUCGCCCGGAAGAUUCCUGCGCGCAAGUUUCGCACUACGGUCUGCACGGGCAAUUAUGGACGAGAUAUCCUUGGCCAAAACCAGACGGUGGAGAGCGAAAUGGGUGAGAAGGAACAGGACUAG